AUGGUCGCCGCCACCACCGACCACCCCGCCCUAUCUAGCCCCCUGGCGGCAGUGAAAAAGCUUAUGGUGCUUCCGACAGUACAUAGGCUUCUCGUGGUGCUCACUUCAGGCGCAGUGGUCGGCUACAGCCUCCCCGAACUCACUCCGUGGCCGCUGGCGGCCCUCACCCAUAUCAACGAUAUCACCACCCUCCGCCACCAGCGACAGCGUCCGCUGCCCACGGCAGCUAAUGACGAUAAGAUCAUUGCGUUCACAGCUCUGAAAAUCCGGGUAAUGGCGGUGACUAAGGACCAUAUCCAAUCACUAAAAGAUAUCGCCUAUCUGGGGCUGAUUAAAGGCGUGUCAGUGGUGGGACUCAGCCAAAACUAUAGCAACUUGGUGCUUGUGGCCAAUCUGACCACCUACGACGUUAUCGACCUACAAAAGACCCGCAAGAUCCCCAUGGGCGAUUACCGCAACGGCGACACCGCGAUUGCCCCGUUUAUCGAAGGGUACCGAGCUGACGGUGAUGGUAAAGAUGAGUAUAUGUUGACCAUACGCUCGGAGGGGACGCUGGCAGUGGCGAUGUUUGUUGAUCUGUUGGGAGAUGCUACGAGGGGGACGAUUAUUAUGGACCACUAUCCGCUGGCGGUAGCCGUACACUGGCCGUUUAUUUAUACGGUGGUGAAAGAUCAAUUGGUGGUGUAUUCACUAGAGCAAUUGGCUGAAACUACUCGAAUACCUAUUUUUGCGAAGGAACCUACGGAGACUACUGAGAAUACUGAAAAUACUGAAGAGAAUAUCGAAGAAGCCACAGAGGAGAAUCCUGUGGGAAGUACAGCCAACGAAGAGGAUCCUCAAGGUAGUGAUGAUGAGCAGACCACAAACGACAAAGACGACUCAAAGGAUGCUGAACCCGAGAGUGAACAACCUGAGGCUACUGAGGCAGAUGACGCAAACGCCGAGACUACCGAGCCUACACAACAACCUGACGAACCAACACACGACGAGACACUGUCAGUGACUGAAGUUGUUGCUCCAAUUGUUUCUGGAGUGGUGCUGGUGGAUAGUCUCCCAUUUGUGGCUGACGACCGCUUAGCCCAUGUCGAGCUCGUAUCCGGUAGUGAUAUCCCGUCGGCGAUCACGAAAAACCACGCCCACAUCGCCGCAUUUCAGGGUUCUCGCCUCUGGGCAGUAUAUGAACCUGAUGAAUUUGAUUCCAUCAUAAUUGACGGCGACAUCGCUAAGGUGACCGCUGCCCUUGACCGCCAUAGCGGUGAACGCCACGACUACUUACUCCAACACUUGGUGCUUCAAUUAUUGAAACAACAGCAAUAUGAAGAAGUAAAGCCGUACCUCACUCGUAUCAAAGCUGGAAAACUCAUUGUCCCCCCACUUAUGGUGAUCAUCGCCGCAGCCAUAGGCCACAUCCCUCAAGCCUCCGAGCAAUCCAAACACGACGAAAACAGUGACCUUACUGCCAUAAUUGCUGAUGCCGAUGCGGUGGUGGUGACUAAAGGAAUACGCCGCCAGCUUGCCCAAUUGCUGCCAUUCCCACCGUCGCCGCAAUUUGUCGAAUCUUACUUGAAAGAAGUGUACAAGAUCACCCCUAAUUUGCUGUAUAUUCGCUGCCUGAUCUAUGCUCUUUUAGCCAAAGAUGACGUCGAUUGGGUCGAAACUGACACCUGGGGCGACGAUGCCGUCACCGAUGAGUAUUGCCUCGCCCAGUUAGCCGCCAAGCAGUACACCGCCAGUCUUCUGCGCGUCUACUUGCGCCUCGACCGCAUCACCGACUAUUGUCAGCUUUCGCUAGCGGUAUUGUCGCUGACCACCGACAGCGACGACGUCGCCCACGUCAUCGACGCCGUGCUCGGCGUGCUUCCUCAAGUCACCGAUGAGGACUUGUACCUGAAAGUUUUGGUGGAAGUGGUGAAAAUUGAUAAACAACGGGGCUACAACUUCCUCAGAAGUAACCGUGGCCACCACCAUAAACACACCAACCACAAAAUAUUGACUACAUUGACCGAUAACGGCGACGGCGACGAUGACGACACCCAGUUGCUUGUGCUUCGCCUCGAGUACAUGGAGGAUCUGGUAUCAGACCACCCGACGGUGGAUAAUGCCCGCGAGUUGUUCAACCACCUCGUGGCCCUUAUCCAUCGGCGGUGCCUCGAUGACGACACCGUGCUUUUGUUUGACACGGUGGUGCAGACCUACGCCAUCGCUAACGCCGUGAGCGAGCCCUGGCCCAAGCUGGCGUGGCCCGACUUUGUCAGGGGCCAGGCGACGCAGCUGAAAAUCUCGCUGGUGCUUACGUGGUACGUCAAGGCGUACGAGGCCUACGUCUUCCUCCGUCGCCACGGCAACCCGCCCCUGGUACCGCUGCUGCUGAUGUUUGCCUACUUCCGGGCCACGGGGGCCAUCGCCGACUUGCUUGCCGCCAGCGACUACCCGCAGGCUGAGCACGUCGCCGUCUACGGGUCGGUGGCGCCGCCCACCACCCCGUAUUACCCCUGGGCCACAAGUCAAUUAGACCCCCCGGUGGCCGACCCCAACCGCGACGAUCUAAAACAGAUUCUCCGCCAUUAUCUCCACCUCCGGCCCCAUACGUACUCGAUCCCCCACUUUCUCAUGGGGUUCGGCUCGGUGUUCGACCCGAUAGACCUCUUGCAUAUUCUUCCUGCAACCCUUAAUUUGGUCCACGUGGCCGAGUACUGGCAGCGGGUGCUCGUCGAGUUGGACACUAAACGCCGCCAGGCGGCCGCGACGAAACUGUUGGCGAAAACCGAGGCGAAAACCACCGCGGACAUCUACCGCCUGCUCGCCGCUAACCUCACUUCUGAUUGA